CAAGGCGUCCGGUCUCUCGUUAGCAACAGCUUCCUCACCACAAUGCCACAGUGGAACACUACUACCAUGUCAAUAUAUGCUAUGCUGAAACGGAUCCAAGUUUUUAUGAAAACGGAAGGAACGAAUACUACACACACACACACAAAAGCUUAUCUGGAAGUAAUUGCUUAGUUAUUGGUCAUGAAAGUUGCACUGUUCGCAACAUGGUGAGCUAACUUGGCGUUCAGAACACGGUGAGUUUACGUUAGACAGUUAGAUUGAAAACGAGCCAACAGUAGAAAUAAAAAAGAAACGUAAUUCCACAGUAAACAAGUGCUACCCACCUUCCAUUCUAUGCUUGCGUCUGCUCAAAAUGAACGUUGUACUUCAGAAAAAGUUUCUCUUGAUUUGUGAAACGUAGCCUCACUAACGAAGCGAGUUAAAAUGUCAACUGCGGAGUUGUAUUGUCGUUUAGAAAAUUGCUCUGGCUAAAAAAGCUUGUCAUGACAAAUUUUAUUAUUAUUUUUUUAUUUUUUUAUUUCUUAUUUUAGCCUGCGUGUCAUGACUCAUGUAUUCUGUUGAAGGUUUCGACGUCACCCUUUUGCCAUAUAUUUGAACGGAGAAAUUGUGGCAGAAAAAUACGUGCUCCUGGAGAAAUAUAUAACAAUGAAAAAUGUAUGACAUCAAAAAGCUUAGUAUGGAGAAUUGUUCUUUUAAUGAGUAGCUACCAGGAAAAAAUAAUGAAAAUAAUAAAAGCUUUUUUUUAAAUCACUCAGUAAGAGUAUCCCACUUGUUGUAGCGCUCCUAUCACUUAAACGCCUCAAGGGGGCGUUAACAUCGCAAGUAUAUAUUUUUGGUUGCGAAGCAUUUGUCGGCAUUCAACUCCUGAGACGCUAAGUAGCAGAAACAAUGCGGAGAAGACGGGCGGACCGCGAAUUUGAGAUUGACGACCUCCGUCACUUGCAAAGGGAGUUUAGUCAACAACUUGUGGAUUCCCCUUCGCCAAGACCACAAAGAGAGCCAGUUCGACGAAUUGUGCUUAUCGGAAAGACUGGACAGGGAAAGAGUGCGACAGGCAACACUAUCCUGGGAUGCACCAGAAGAGAGUACUGGAAAUUUAAGAGCUCAGCAGGUUCCACAUCAAUAACACAGAAAUGUGAAAAACAUGAAACUGUCAGAUUUGGGAAAAGGCUUGUUGUGGUUGACACCCCAGGGUUGUUUGACACACAUUCAAAUUGCAUCGAAACAGAGAUCGGGAAGAGUGUGUGUCUGUCAGAACCAGGCCCGCAUGUUUUCCUCCUCGUCGUGUCUAUGGAUAGGCACACUAAGGAGGGGCAAAAAUCCAUUGAAAAUAUUGAGCAGAUGUUUGGUGAAAUGGCAAAGCGAUACACCAUUGUUCUUUUUACCGGGAUUGACAAUUUGGAAUAUCAUGGGGAGACACUGGAGGGGAAACUAAGUGGGGGUAAACCAUUUGGGAAUCUUGUACAGAAGUUUGGGAAUAAAUUCCAUGGCAUAAAUAAUAGAAGUCAUGAUGAGGAACAAGUGAGGGAGCUUGUUGACAAAAUAGAGGAUGUAUUCAACAAGAAUGAGGGGCUGUUUUACACCAAUGAUAUGUACGAAACUGCUUCCAUUGAACUUCGCAGGGAGAUGGAAAAGAUUCUGAGGGAAAAGUUGCCAGAUAUCAGAGACAGAGAGCAAAAAUGUAAGAGUGCUGAAGAGAUUGAUAACCUCUGGUGUGAAGAGGUUAAAGCAGCUGAAGAGAAAUCAACUUGCAUCGUUACAACAAUUUUGAGAAAUAAGGGAUUAAUAUCAAUCUUUGCUUUACUUGGUGCAGGGGCAGUAUUGUGUGUGGCAGGCCCCGCUGUUGCUCUUAUUGCAGCAAAAGCAGGAGUAGAAGUAGGAGUAGGAGCAGCAGUUGGAACCGCUGCUGCUGCUGCUACAGCAGGGGCAGGAGUAGGAGCAGGAGCAGGAGUCACUGUUGCUGUUAUUAAAGAAGGGGCAGCAGUAGGAGCAGGAGUCAAUUCGUCUGCAAAUGAAUAAUAGGCAUCAAUGAACUGGAACAUUUUCUCAGUGUUCUCAGAAAUCUUACUGUGAAAAUGACAAUGACAUUUAUGAACCCUUCUUGGCAAGAUGCACUAAAGUGAAACAAUUCAGCAGUUAUUAUUAUUAUUAUUAUUAUUAUUAUUAUUAUUUGUAUAAGUAGCCGUAAUAGUAGUAGUACUAAUAGUAUUAUUAUAUUGCCUGUUUAUGCUCAAAGGCGGCUGCUUGUCUGCAUGAGUUAUAUGCUAAACCAGCACUGUCAAUAUUAACAUUACAAACAGAUGUUAAGGCUUCCAAUUGCUCAAUGAUCUUAGAGGCCUGAAUGAGAAAUAUGAAUUCAUGAAAUGACCCAGGAAUGGUUAUAGGUCUAUAUAUCAUAAUUCGCAUGUCUAUAUAUCAUGUUUUCUUUCAAUGUACUGUUUUUACAAUUCUAGAGGGAAAACAUUCAUCUUGUCAUCUCUUGUAUGGAAGCAUAACCAUGUAAAAAUUCUCAUAAAAAUGCAAGGUAACAUUUUAUUUUCUUUCUCUGUUUGCAAAACCAUGACAUGAUUAAAAUUUAAAUGUACAUUUUAAAUUGUGCUUAUUCAUCUUUAAGUUCAUGAACAUACACAGUUCAUCUCACAAUUUAAAAUAAGUCCUUUUAACAUUUUCUUUUUCGGGAUGUCUACGCCGUCUUCAUGGAAAGCCUAAUUUGAAAUGGCAGUUUCUUAUAGUAUUCCCAUGAUCCAUUACAAAAAGGAAAUGGUAGUUCACAUCGCCAUUUAUUUAAUUGUCAUGUUUGUGUGCUGGUGAUGCCACUGACCAUUAUUUUAGAGUUUCUGUUGACAAAUGUUUUAUAAAAUGUAUUCUAUCUCUUUAUAGUUGCAUUCUGCUAUUUCAUAUAUCAGUAGUGUGUGUGGUUUAUGAUUAUGGAGACUGAAGUAUUUGGCUCAAUAAACUCAUUUAUUUGUGUUUCUGCUUCUCACUGUGUUGUACGCAUAUAUUGCAUAAUUGCAUUUAAGCAUGUGCAUUUCUUAUUAUUUGUACAUGUUUCAAUAAAUAUACAAUUUUUUUA